AUGGCCAAGGUCAUCUUCACCGCUUGGAAAGACCAAUCGCAAUUACUUGACGUGCGAAGCAAGUUCUACCCGUCAGCUUCAUAUGAAGGCCCUGACUUGCGCUCACACGCCUGUGCCACAGUUGAGGCAUGGAAGCUGCGUGGCAAUGUUCCGCAUCAUGUUGAAGCAACUGCGCUGCUGACAGACGCGAUUCUUCACGACGAUGCCCAGCACAACUCGAUUUUCUCCAUUCGGGCCACUUACUCGGCGGCCUUUUGUCGAUUCGUGACCGGUCUUGUGGACUCGAAAAUCCAGGGCCCGCGCAAGACCAUGUUUCAACGUGCUGUUGACCUGGGGUUGCCUGCCUCAUUUGUGGAAUUACGCCAUGAGGCAACUCACCGGGAACCCCCGUCACUAGUUGUGCUGCGUAAGGCCUCACAGCGGUCCCUCGAAUGGCUUUGGGACAACUACUGGGCCGGAAUCGACGAGCUGGGUGACGUGCCAAUGAUUGAACGCAACGAUAUUGCUUCCAUCGGGUCUGCCCUGGGUGAUAUCCUGCGGAAAUAUUCAACUGAAUCGGAGCAAUCGCAAAAGAAGCGGAAGCGGGAUGAGGAUGAUGCACUUGCAAGCCAACUCAUUUCGACAUGCGCUGCGUCUGAUGAAGGGGUGAAAUUGCUGCCUGCUGUUCUGUUGGAAGAGUCUGUGUUGAUUGAUUCUGAACGACAACUCGGAGAGUCCUUAAAUAAGGCAUUCAAGCAUUGGGAUCCCGUCCUUUUGAAAAUAACUGAAAGCAGUUCUUCUUUCUUCACUCAUUUUGCCGAAGCGCUGGUAAACAGACUGGCCUUCGAUCCCGCAAUUGAAUCACCGCAGAAUGCAUACGCAGAAGCACUAUACUUAUGGCUAGACCAUAUAUCGACCUCUUAUGUUCUGAGUGCCUGUGAACAAUGCUCUAGCCACUGGACUCAGACGCUUAGCAAGGAACUGGAGAAGAAGGGCAAGGCUACCAAAGUUGCUCCGGUCACAAUCGGCAACUCUUCCAAGUUGAAGAGAACAUCAUCCAAGAGCUCCAUGCAUGUCGAGACUAACAUAUCAUCGAAGCUCAGCGGGCAUGGAUGGGAACCUCUUCAAAAGUGGGACAGUCGGCCUUUGGGGAUAUCUUCAAUCAACUAG